UGCUAAACAAGUGAGAGUGAGAGAGAGAGAGAGAGUCUCACAUAAAUAAUAUAUUCUCCUAAUCUGAAUUACUAACAAUAAUUCAACACGUAUCUGAAGACCUUUCAUCACUCAUCUCUGAUAUAUUGAGUAAGAGAAAGAAGAAGAAGUCGCUCAAAAUCGGACCGGAGAAGUGAUACGUGUACCGAGAUCUGAACCAUAAUUAAUUUUGGUUCACCAGAGAGAAAAAAAGAAAUGGGGAGGACGACGUGGUUCGACGUUGACGGGAUGAGGAAAGGAGAGUGGACCGGGGAGGAAGACAGGAAGCUCGUGGCUUACAUCAACGAACAUGGUCUCGGCGAGUGGGGUUCAAUGCCUAAGAGAGCCGGUCUGCAAAGAUGUGGAAAGAGUUGUAGAUUAAGAUGGCUGAAUUAUUUGAGGCCUGGGAUUAAAAGAGGCAAGUUUACUCCUGAGGAGGAAGAUGAAAUCAUUAAACACCAUGCUCUUCUUGGUAACAGGUGGGCAGCGAUAGCUAAGCAACUGCCGAACAGAACAGACAAUGACAUAAAGAACCAUUGGAACUCAUGUCUUAAGAAAAGACUCGCUAAAAGUGGUAUCGAUCCAAUGACCCAUGAGCCAAAAAGCCUCACCAUCGAUGUCGUAUCUUCCUCCUCCUCAACGACGUCGUCUCCUAUACCGAGCCCUUGUUCUUCGUCCUUCUCCUCCUCUUCUUCCUCUGCUGGCUCAGCACGUCUUCUUAACAAGCUCGCUGCUGGAAUCUCCUCGAGGAAACACGGACUCGAGAGGAUCAAGACUGUGAUAUUGUCUGAACAACCGAGAGAUCAAGCCGAGGCUGAAGAAGAGAAGAAAAUGUUGAUAAGCAUGGAACAUGAUGAAAUGAUUGCUUGUCUAAUGGAUAUUGAUGAAAAGAUGAAUAUUGCGUCGUUUGAUGAAGUGCCUUUUGAUGGUUACUCUACUGCUACAGCAACUACGACGUCUGGCUUCAUGGCUUUUGAUGACUUCUACUCACCAGUUAAUCCAGACACUACUCUGUACGAAUCUGAUUUCUAUGAUGAGACUGAACAGCUUGGCUUGUUCCUACUUUAAUUGAAUCACAUCUUUGGUCUGAUACAUCCGUUUCUUCGGUGUGAAUAAGAGAGAGAGAUAGAGAGAGAUCAGAGAUGUGAGAUGUCUGAAAAAAAUAAAAAAAGCAAGUGCUUUAGUACUUUAAAUGUCAUGCAUGGUCAAUGUUUUUUUUAGCUCUGACUGUUGUUACAGUUUUAUCUGAGA